UUUUUUUUAACAUAUAUAUGUUGAUUAGGAGAAGAUCAUUAGUUAACACCUUGACAGAUAAAGGCGACAAUAUCUCAUCUUUCCUCUCACACCAUCAACAAAACCAAAUAAUGAUGAUGCAGAAGCCAACACUAGCAACAACCCUUUUCGCCGUUUUGCUCCUUAUCCCUUCUUCACUUGCUCUCAAGGAAGGACAAACAUGCGUAGCCGACAAGAACUGCGACUCGGGUUUGCAUUGCGAAACUUGCGUGGCCAAUGGAAACGUGCGACCACGUUGCACUCGGGUUCAACCAAUCAACCCCACUUCAAAGAUAAAAGGGUUGCCGUUUAAUCGGUAUUCAUGGCUGACGACGCAUAAUUCAUUUGCGAUUUUGGGUAAGAAAUCAAUGACGGGUUCUGUUAUUCUGUCUCCAACCAAUCAGCAGGACACGAUCACAAGCCAGCUUAAUAAUGGAGUACGAGGGUUGAUGCUUGACAUGUAUGAUUUCCAGAAUGAUAUUUGGCUGUGCCAUUCAUUUGGUGGCCAGUGCUACAACUACACAGCUUUUCAACCUGCCAUUAAUGUUCUCAAAGAGAUUCAAGUAUUUCUAGACGCAAACCCAUCAGAGAUUGUUACUAUUUUCAUUGAGGAUUAUGUUACAUCACCAAAAGGCCUAACAAAGGUGUUUGAUGCUGCUGGACUGAGAAAAUACUGGUUUCCAGUGUCUAGAAUGCCCAAAAAUGGUGGAAACUGGCCCACCGUUGAUGAUAUGGUCAAGAAGAAUCAACGUUUAGUAGUCUUCACUUCAAAAUCAUCUAAGGAAGCUUCUGAAGGGAUAGCCUAUGAGUGGCGAUAUUUAGUAGAAAACCAAUAUGGAAAUGGAGGCAUGAAAGCUGGUUCAUGCCCUAAUCGUGCAGAGUCACCAUCUAUGAACACAAAAUCAAGAUCAUUAGUUCUAGUGAAUUUCUUUAGAGAUCUUCCUGAUGUAACUAAAUCUUGCAAGGACAACUCAGCUCCUUUGCUUAGCAUGGUCAAUACAUGCUAUGAAGCAGCUGACAAACGAUGGCCUAAUUUCAUUGCUGUUGAUUUCUACAAGAGGAGCGAUGGAGGAGGAGCCCCUGAUGCAAUAGAUGUUGCUAAUGGUCAUCUAGUUUGUGGGUGUGAAAACUUGGCCUCAUGCAAGGCUAAUAUGACAUUUGGAGUGUGUCAGCUACCUGAGGCUGAAGCCACUCCUCCCCUUGCAGCAGCAGCACGUAACACUAGCUUUGGUAUUCGAAAUUGCAAGCCAGUUUAUUUGCUGUGGUCUUUAGCCACCACUGUUUUUGGGGCCUUGCUCGUGGCAUUUUGAACAGACAUUUCCCUUCAUAAAAUCUAAGUAGAAGAGAGUAGGAGAAAAGAAAGUGUGUGAAGAAACCAUUUUUGGGGGAUCACGCUGAAUGUGCGUGAACAUUUGGUGCAGUGCAAUGGUUUUUGUUAUUUUAUUUUAUUUUAUUUUAAUUUUGAAAGAGGAGCUUUGGAAGGUGUAGUUGUAAUUUUAUAGUCAUAGUGGGUAUGCAAAUGCAAUGGGCUCUCUGAACUUAAUAUUGUUAAGUUAUUAGUGUGCAUCAUGUGGUGAGGGUAUGGUAUCAUUGAUUUAACGUGCAUUCAAAAGAAAAAUAUAUAAGUGAAUUUGGGAGACUGUUUGUUCAUGA